CCAGGACCAAUCAGUGCUGCCCACCAGCUUUCAUGGCAACCUUUCACUCAUCACCAUCCAUUAAGAAGUGGGCUAUCGUGGGUGAAGGCGGUCAGGCAACUGGAAGAGAAGAUGCUGAAGCUUUCUUUGACUGUGACACACAGCAAAGCUUCCUCCAGCUGCCACGCUGCCCCAAAAUGUCACACAGGGAACAGAGCUUGGUGAGAUAUGCUUUUAUUAUUAACAUCACCACCAUUUAG